AUGGCAUUACGUAGACUUGCCUGGCAGAAGAAUGCCCAUUUACAAUCCUGGGGAGCAGACAAGGCGGUGGAUGGACAAUAUUCUAACCGCGUGUAUACGGGAAACCAGUGUACAAUAUCGGCAGAUAAAAAGCAGACAGCUACGUGGAGAGUUGACCUUCAAAGUGUCGUUUGCAUCAGUUACAUUAAUAUCUUCUACAGGACAGAUAAUAUACCAGGCUGCCCUGUUCCUGGAUAUUACGGACAAAAUUGUAACCAAACAUGUUCAGAGAACUGUCAGGGUAAACAGUGUGACGCCGUUACUGGUAACUGUGUGAAUGGUUGUACUCCAGGAUAUCAAAGACCGCACUGUACUUAUUUGAACUUAGCUUUAGGGAAAUAUGCCUGGCAGCAAAACAAUUGGCCAAAUAAACCAAUAGCAUGGGGAGCUGCGAAGGCUGUGGAUGGUCAAUAUUCUGACCGCUCAUCAGGAGGAAACCAGUGUACAAUUUCAGCUGAUGGAAAACAGACAGCAGAGUGGAGGGUAGAUCUUCAGAGACUGGUCAGCAUUCGUCACAUCAACAUCUUCUACAGGACUGAUAAUGCACCCAGUCCUGGUGCAUUCUACAAUCGAUUUGCUGGAUUUUUCCUCUUCGUUUCAAACACAACGUCAAAAGAAGACGGACAUCUCUGUUUCCACAAAAUACAGCAUGUGAGUGGUACUCCUUCAGAGAACCAGACAAUAAACUGUCCUGUUCAUGGACGAUAUGUGAUAUACUACAACGAACGGAGACAGGGUGUUAUCUACCCCAGUUACUAUUCUACAUAUGCAUACAAUGAUUUGUGUGAAUUAGAAGUUUAUGGAUGUCCUGAUCGUAGACAUUAUGGAGAAUAUUGUGACAAAUUAUGUCCUGGGAAUUGUCAUGAGCAAAGUUGUAAUAUUACAUCAGGACACUGCCUUGGCUGUAAACCGGGAUAUAAAGGUCCUAAGUGUAAUCAAAUUUGUGAUCAACAAACCUACGGCUUGGAGUGUUCUCUAUCCUGUGGUAACUGUAGUGACGGAGAAACCUGUCACCAUGUCAACGGCACAUGUCCUAGAGGCUGUAGUGAAGGAAUGGAGGGGGAUCGAUGUCAGACUGCCUGUCAGCGGGGUUCUUAUGGUAAGGACUGCAGUCAGAAUUGCAGUGAAAACUGUGGAGUGUUAGGACGCUGUAGCAAGUUAACUGGAGAGUGUGAAGGAGGGUGUCAGCCUGGAUGGAGGGGGAUGCGUUGUGACAGGGAAUGUGAAAAAGGAAUGUACGGUGUUAACUGUAAUCAGUGGUGUGGUCAUUGUCUUAAUGAUACGCAUUGUCAUCAUGUUACCGGUACUUGUUUACAAGGAUGUUUUUCUGGACACAAGGGGGAGCUCUGCAACAUUGAAUGUGAUGGUGGAAUGUACGGUGAGAACUGCAGCCAAGACUGUGGUCAUUGUGUUAAUGACACACAGUGUCACCAUAUCAACGGUACUUGUUCCGGGGGUUGUUCUUCGGGAUACAAAGAACUGCUUUGUAUAAAAAAAUGUGACGGUGGAAUGUAUGGUGAUAACUGCAGUCAAACCUGUGGUCAUUGUCUCAGUGAUACACAAUGUCAUCAUAUCAGUGGUACUUGUUCAAAAGGCUGUUCCAUAGGAUACAACGGGGCACUUUGUCAAGAAGACGAUGUAACAGAUUUACUGGAGAAUGUGAGGAGGGAUGUCAGGCGGGGUGGAGUGGGGUACGAUGUGAUAAGAUUUGCAGACAAUUAUAUUGGGGUGUUAAUUGUAACCAGACCUGUAGUACAGACUGUUUCAACCGGAUAUGUCAUCAUGAGUCAGGAGUGUGUGAGGUGUAUGUAA